UCACGGGCCGGGGACUCGAGUUGGUCCGGGGGCGACUGGCUCCGGGCGGAGGGCUGCGCGUCGCCUGCCGGGCUCGGUCCCUGGGCCCAGGUUCCGCCCCGCCGAGCCCCGCCCCUCCGCCCGCCAGAGCCCCCGCGGGCGUGAUCGCGGAGCCGCUGGCCCUGGGGCGGCCGGCCCGGAACCGCUCGACCAGAUCUCUUCUCUCCAGGGAUGGUGAAGUUGGAAAAAGGCUCCUUUAACCCUCCUCCAGGAUGAACCCCCUGCCACAAGACAUGGAGAACGCUCUCACAGGGAGCCAGAGCUCUCAUGCUUCUUUGCGCGACGUCCAUUCCAUCAACCCUACACAACUCAUGGCCAGGAUUGAGUCCUAUGAAGGAAGGGAAAAGAAAGGCAUCUCUGAUGUCAGGAGGACUUUCUGUCUGUUUGUCACCUUUGACCUGUUAUUUGUAACAUUACUGUGGAUAAUAGAGUUAAAUGUGAAUGGCGGCAUUGAGAACACCUUAGAGAAGGAGGUGGUGCAGUACGACUACUACUCUUCUUAUUUUGAUAUAUUUCUUUUGGCAGUUUUUCGAUUUAAAGUGUUAAUACUUGCAUAUGCUGUGUGCAGACUGCGCCACUGGUGGGCAAUAGCGCUUUUCUCUCAAGGGGCUUUUGGCUAUGUGCUGCCCAUCAUUUCAUUCAUCCUAGCCUGGAUCGAGACAUGGUUCCUGGAUUUCAAAGUGUUACCUCAAGAGGCAGAAGAAGAAAACAGACUGCUGAUAGUUCAGGAUGCUUCGGAGCGGGCAGCACUUAUACCUGGUGGUCUUUCUGAUGGCCAGUUUUAUUCUCCUCCUGAAUCUGAAGCAGGAUCUGAAGAAGCUGAAGAAAAGCAGGACACUGAAAAACCACUUUUAGACCUAUGAGUACUACUUUUGUUAAAUGUGAAAAACCCUCAUUGAAAGUCACUGGAGGAAAAAAAGGACUGGAGGUGGGGUCUCCCUAUUGAAGGUUGAAAUGGUGACGUCCACUGCUGACUUCACUGAACGGCUAAUAAAGAAUUUAUUUAUUGUAAUACCUCACAGACACUGUCCCACAUCCACAUCCAUUCAGUGGCCUGCCUGUGGCUGGUAAGAUAAAGGAAUGGUCCACCUUGUAUUUGAUGAGACUGAGUCUGAUCUGUUAAUGAAUCGUUGCAAAAAAGUCUCGUGCCGCAUUCCUAAUCAAAAGACUUCUUAAUAUAUUCAAAUAAUACUGUUUUAGUAAGCAAAGUAUCAUUUUAUUUUGAUUCACAGAAUGGAAUUUUUUUGUUUCUUGUCUCAGAUUUCUUUUGUAUUUCUUUUUUAACACCUUACAUUUCCCUUGUGUUUUUUAACUCAUGCACAUGCGCUCUUUGUACAAUUUUAAGAAGUAAUAAAAUCCAACAUAUCAAAA